CACGCGUGCCGAUAAGACGCGGGCCGCCGCUGUCGCUCCCACAGCGUUCGCGUAGCGCAGAUCUUUACCUUUUUGCUUUGCUUUCUCGCGCUUCCCCACGACCACGGCGCGGUGGGUCGGCGGGCUGGUUGUAACCGAGCCAAAUAGACGGGCCCCGGCCUUUGUGUGGAUAUCCGCUUCGUAUUCGGCCGGCCGGUCGGUUCGAUAUCAUCCCCCGGUGUUUAGUGGUGCCUUGCCCAGGUCUGCAGCAGUUCGCGCGGCUUUGCAUUCGCUCCCUAGCAACGGGUUGGGGCGCAUGGGCGCCAUCGGUUCCUACGCUCAACCCGCACCGAUGCAACAGGUGUUUGGUGUGCGGCAGUGUGGCUGUUCGGGAUAUCGGGCCGCGGCACGUAAGUGAUAACGGCCGAUCGGUGACAUAGUGCAUAGUGUCUAAAUUUAUACCACCACCCGCAUCACUGCGUUCUGUGGGUUAAAGCGUGCUGUUAGGAGUGCGCAACAAAAUAAUGGCAAACAACAGGCAACCGUGUGUGUGUGUGCAGAGUGUGUCGUGUAGUGAAUGAUUCGUAACCCGAUACCAUCAAAUUAGUUGCGUUGCCGAUGGUGAUGCUGGUAUGUCGAAAAUAAGUGUAAAGUGCUUUACCUACCCAGCCACAUCACUCACACGGAUCGAUUAAAAGUGUGCGUAGAGAAAAGGGCACUCUGUGCUGCCGUUGUGUGCUAACACAGUAACGCCUUUCAGUGGUAGUUACAAGAGCGUUACAAGAGCGUUACGACAGUGGCUGCGUACGUGAAAUCGUCAGCAAACGGGCAGCGAAAUUGAUUAAAGCAAAACAGAAAGUGCAAGCCAUUUAAAGAGCAUUCAUCUUGCAUCGCCAACAAACCAGCACCACGACCACAGACCAGUAGCACUAGCGUGUGACGUCAUGGCCAGUGGGCUGCUGAAGGUGGAACCUCCGGCCAACAAUGGGACGGGGCUGGUCCCGGGACGGUUGUCCCUUAGCAGCGACAACCUGGCGACGGGCAGCCGGCUCGGCAAUGGCGAACGGGGCGGCUCCCUCACACCAAACCUUCCCUCGAUGGAUCGGCUCAGUGCGCCGAUACUGACGCGCCGCAAGUUCAGCUUCCCUGCCAACCUGCACUCGACGGCACUGCUCGGGUUCCCCGAGAUCGGUCACCGGGAUGGCUUCGGGAUGGGCGGCUCGUCACUGUCCGCCUCCAGUACCGCACUGUCCGCCCGGAGGCGGCUGAGCAACGUGAGCGACGUCGUGACACGCAAGCUCUCCAGCACGAUCGGCUGGAAGCAACCGGUCCUGCCGUCCCAGGACAUCAUCACCCAGGGCAAGUGUCUGUGCGGACAGUACAUUCGGUGCCGGUUGAAGCGAUCCGGUGUGUUUAACCGGAAGCUGGGGCUGCAGCGCAUCCGGAGCAUCGUCGGCACACCGUCGAUCCACGUCGUACGGGAAGUUUUCCCCGCCUUGCUCAGUGUGGGUGAGGAGCUGGAGCGUAUGUAUCCACGCAUCUACAACGGCAUUGCCCGCCAGCUAACCCGCUUCGGACGGGGCGAGCUCAAAACGCCCGAAACCGCCCCGGUACUGCUGAGUGCGAUCGCGCGCGAUCUCUUCAAGGCGGACAUUACGUGGGGCAAGGUGGUGUCACUGUUUGCCAUUGCCGGCGGGCUUUCGGUGGACUGUGUCCGGCAGGGCCAUCCCGACUAUCUGCCCAAGCUGGUCGAGGGUGUGGCGGACGUGAUCGAGGACGAGCUGGUCACGUGGAUAUCGGAAAACGGUGGAUGGAUCGGACUGGCAAACAAGGUGCGGCCACCGCAGGAAGAGAUCACGUUCACUGGACGAUGUUUAGUAGGAGCGAGCUGUGUGAUAGCGCUAUUUAUACUCGUCUUUCUGCUAAAGACGCUAGGCUUAUAUUUAUUUCCAAAUAUAUUCUCCUAAUUUUA